CCAAAAGGACAGCAUUGUGAGGAAACUUGUGCCACCGGCCGAAAAGGCCAUGGCUGCUUUGAGCUGUGCCAUGCGAGUGCCGGCGCGAAUGCCGGCGCUGGCGUGCUUGGCCGGCUGCGGCGGUGAAAGAAGUUUCUCCAGCAAAGGAUACAAGAUCAGGAGAGUGAGAUAUCCAUGGAAGACUGAACUUCAAAAGGAGACCUGGAAGUUCCUGAAGCAAGACAUGAUCUCUUACUUUCAAAAUGCGCCCGAACGGGACUCCACGGUCUACAUCCGUGCUGAGCCCUGGCCUAAGUUCACCAUGAAGGAGAUGUUGGUGGAGAAGGGUCUUUUGCCUGGAGUCAUCAGCAAAUAUGGCCCCAACCGAAAAGUCACCUUCAACAAGGCUGAGAUGGAGGCGCUCGCUUUCGACGAGCCUCAAGGCCACCUGUCGCACCUCUUCAAGGGCCGCUUAUUCCGUGUACAUAUUGGCAAAUGGAUCGAAGAAUGUGUGGUCACUGACGUGUCGGUGCAUCCCGUUGAGCAGGAGCUGAUGUUUGUGCGCUUCGAUCGACAUAUUCCUGGAAAGAUGAGUGUGGUACCCAUCCCCGUGUCCAUCAGCGGACUUUGGGGCUGCCCAGGCUAUCGCAAGGGCGGACACGUGGAUGUGAUGCUACCCACCGUUUUGUGCGAAGUGGUUGGCGAGCAGAUUCCUCCGCCGCUGGUGGUGGAUGUGAGCAACUUGCACUUGGAGGAGCCCUUUGGGAAGAUCACCUUGCGUGACAUGCUUCCGCUGCUGCCGAAGGAUGGCACGGUGCGCUUCGCGCGAGAGUACAGCAUGGAUGAGGAGGUCAUCACGUGCUACGAUCCCAAAGCCUUGGGCGAAGUGCCCUUGCCUCACGACUGGCAAGAUCCCAACUUCGAUCAUCGCGGUGGGCGCUACCACUUGACCUUCACCGGUUUCUGGCCCAAGCAGACCACGCGUACCUGAAGCGACCAAACCGAAGCUGAUGAUUGAACCUGGGAAUCCCGGGUUCCGUCCUACAGUGAUCAUAGGAAGACAUGGGGCACAGCGGUGCAUACGCGGUGCAUACGCGGUGCAUACGCGGUGCAUACGCGGUGCAU